UACUUUAACGUCUGUUGGUAAUGCUGUGACGCAAAAAUUCCGCGCCUUUUGCUCAUAUUUGCUGUGUAAUAUUUGAGCUAACGAGGGUCGGGAAAGAAAGUCUGGGGAGAAUUAUUAAAAAUAAAACACUGUUAACGUCGUGUACGUGAUCUGUAGAAUGGAGUAUUUAAUCGGAAUUCAGGGGCCUGAUUUUGUGCUUGUUGCGGCUGAUACUGUUGCGGCCAGCAGCAUCAUUCAGAUGAAACACGAUUAUGACAAAAUGUUCAAGCUGAGUGAGAAGAUUUUGCUGCUCUGUGUGGGUGAAGCUGGGGACACGGUACAAUUCGCUGAGUACAUCCAGAAAAAUGUCCAGCUCUACAAGAUGCGGAAUGGGUAUGAACUAAGUCCUGCUGCUGCGGCUAAUUUCACUCGCAAGAACCUCGCGGACUACCUUCGCAGUCGGACCCCAUACCAUGUCAACCUGCUGCUGGCCGGCUUCGACGAGGCUGAUGGUCCCAGCCUCUACUACAUGGAUUACCUGUCUGCUCUGGCCAAGGCUCCCUUCGCGGCCCACGGCUACGGCGCCUUCCUCACCCUCUCCAUCCUGGACCGUUACUACCGGCCAGAUCUGAGUCGAGAUGAGGCCGUUGACCUGUUGAAGAAGUGUGUGGAGGAGCUGAACAAGCGCUUCAUCCUGAACCUGAAGUCCUUCAGCGUGCGUCUGAUCGACAGAGAGGGCAUCCAUGACCUGGAGCGACUGCCCCUGCCGCAGCAGUGACCCCCGAUCCCCCGACCCCCCCCUGCACCCCCACGACGUUUUCUACAGCCUACUGUACCAAGCCCUCAUUAAUUUCAAAUAAAAUUACAUUUUAAAAAAGAA